UCCUUUGUAGUCCCUGGCCCCCAAAGCCUCUGUUCACUAGAUAGCAUGCCACUGGGGCUCUUCAUGCUAUGGGAAAAGUGAACGGACCCAAAAUAAAGCAGCCAUAUCUCCUGGCUCCUGUUCUCCCCAUCGGGUUUCCACAGCUCUGAGCCAGAGACCGACAAUGCUGUCCUGUGAACAACAAAACCGUGAUGAAGGCAACAGGAGUCAGACCGCUAUUCACGGCAGGAAGCCCCAGCAUCCGGUGAGAAAUAAGAAGUACUAGAGCACAGGAUGCGCCCCGGGUCAGGGGGACGGGGAUGUGAAAAGCCUGGAGUCUGUAACCUUCUCUGCGCCAGAGCUGCGGUGGCUUGGCAGCAGAGGCACAGUCCUCAGCUCCCCUCAGAGCACAGCCGGGUGCCAAACUCCAAGAUCCAGUGGCAGCUGCUGUCUUUGUGGAGGAGUCUAGCCUCUCCCAGAAGACACAGCAAAAUGCCCACCUCAACAGGUUUGCUGCUGCUGCUGCUUCUGCUCCUGGGCCAGUCCUGGGCAGGGGCUGCUGUUGAUUCAGGGGCUGUCGUGUGCCAGGGGACUGCCUGUUAUACUGCCCACUGGGGCAAGCUGAGCGCCGCUGAAGCCCAGAAUUGCUGCCAUAAGAAUGGAGGCAAUUUAGCCACAGUGAAGAGCGAGGAGGAAGCCCGGUAUGUCCAGCAAGCUCUGGCUCAGCUCUUGAAGACCAAGGAACCCUUGGAAACCAAGAUGGGUAAAUUCUGGAUCGGGCUCCAGCGAGAGAAGGGCAAGUGUACGUACAACGAUUUGCCAAUGAAAGGUUUCAGCUGGGUGGGUGGUGGAGAGGACACAGCUUAUUCAAACUGGUACAAAGAGAGCAAGAGAUCCUGUACCUCUAAGCGCUGUGUGUCCCUCAUACUGGACAUAUCCUUGACACCUCACCCCAGCCAACUCCCCAAGUGGUAUGAGAGCCCCUGUGGGACUCCUGAUGCUCCAGGUAACAACAUUGAAGGUUUCCUGUGCAAAUUCAACUUCAAAGGCAUGUGCAGUCCCCUUGCCCUGGGUGGUCCAGGGCAGGUGACCUAUACCACCCCUUUUCAGACCACGACCUCCUCCCUGGACGCUGUGCCGUUUGCUUCUGCAGCCAAUGUAGUCUGUGGGGAGGAGGCUGAGAGUAAGACCCACUAUUUCCUAUGCAAGGAAAAGACUCCAGGUGUAUUCCAUUGGGGCAGCUCAGGCCCUGUCUGUGUAAGUCCCAAGUUGGGCUGCAGUUUCAACAAUGGGGGCUGCCAGCAGGACUGCUUCGAAGGUGGGGAUGGCUCCUUCCGCUGUGGCUGCCGGCCUGGAUUCCGGCUGCUGGAUGACCUAGUAACUUGUGCUUCUCGGAACCCCUGUAGCUCCAACCCAUGCACAGGAGGGGGCACAUGCCAUCCUGUACCCCUCAGCGAGAACUACACGUGCCAGUGUCCCAAUGGCUACCAGCUGGACUCUAGCCAAGUACACUGUGUAGAUAUAGAUGAGUGCCAGGACUCCCCCUGUGCCCAGGAAUGUAUCAACACCCCUGGGGGCUUCCAAUGUGAAUGUUGGCUGGGCUACCAAUCCAGUGGCCCCAAAGAGGAGGCCUGUGAGGAUGUGGAUGAAUGCUCUGCUGCCCACGCACCCUGUGCCCAUCACUGCAUCAAUACUGAUGGUUCUUUCUAUUGCACCUGUAAAGAAGGCUAUGCCUUGUCUGGGAAAGACAGUACCCAAUGUGAGGAUAUAGAUGAGUGUUUGGAUUCCAGGGGCAGUCCAUGUGACACCCUGUGUUUCAACUCAGAGGGUUCCUUUAGCUGUGGCUGCCAGCCAGGCUGGGAGCUGGCUCCCAAUGGGGUCUCUUGUAUCAAGGGCACCAUGUCUUUAGAACCACCAACCAAGGCUCCCCAAAAGGAAGGCAAAGGUGACAGAAAGGGGAGUACUGUGCCUCCUACUGAAAUGCCCAGUUCUUACAGCGGCUCUGAGAAUGUUUCCAAGGGAGGACAUCCCACAGGGCAACCCUCCCUGGGAUCGGAUACCCCCUCUGCCUCUGUUCCACCAGAAAUACCAGUCCCUAGUGAGGCAUCUGGUGUCUGGAUGGAGUUGGAUACACAUCUCCCCAUGACCACUGGCUACAGCAAGCCCACACAUGAAGAUUCUGUGGCAGCGCACAGUGACAGUGACACUGAUGGGCAGAAGCUGCUUUUGUUCUAUAUCCUGGGCACUGUGGUGGCCAUCUCACUCUUGCUGGCUCUGGCCUUGGGGCUUCUCAUUUAUCGUAAAAGGAGAGCCAAGAAGGAGGAGAUAAAAGAGAAGAAGCCUCAGAAUGCAGCUGACAGCUAUUCCUGGGUUCCAGAGCGAGCCGAGAGCCGAGCCCUGGAGAACCAGUACAGCCCGACACCUGGGACGGACUGCUGAAGACAAUGUGGCCAUAGAGACACAGGCAGCUGCCACUACUUUCAGAGCUUCCAACUCCCGCAUGAGGGGAGGUCCACAUCAUUUUGAAAGACUGGACUGGACUCUCAGCAAACAAUAUGCACCUUCCCCUUAAGAGCCUGGUUGGUGACUUAGGAUGGGCAGGUAUUUUCCAGCUGUAUUUGAUAUGCCUGGGGGGGGGGAGUGAAAGCUGUAUGUGGUUUGCCAUUGUGGGGAGUUUUGUGGAUAAUGACAGGCCUCACAUACCCUUUUCAAAUCUGUAA